GAUGUCGGGGCUCCAUCCCGGGGCCCUGAGAUCAUGACCUGAGCCGAAGACACAUGCUUAACCGACUGAACCACCCAGGCUCCCAGUAUUCUCCCUUUCCUUGCUCGCGAUGGUCAUCCCUGCUGAGAAGCUAGAGUUUUAGGUCAGGAUGAAAAUGGGCAUCCCUAGGAAGAAAAAUCAUUGGUACAAAUAUUUUUACUCUGCUCUUAACUCCUUCACUUCGGACAUACAGACUUGUGUUAUGUGCUCUUGUAUGUUUCGGGGGAGAGGAGCAGUGGAGGUCAUCGGUUUCUUGGGAGUCUAGGACCCCAAAAUAGUUAAGAACCCAGGCUUUGCAGUGGCUGUUCCCUGAAAGGGAUGAACUUGGCCUGGUUGUUCCUCUGAUGUGCCACGUCACCACACAUUGGAUUUUCACUACUAGAAAUGUGUGUUUGCACGUUGCUGUACAAGAGUUGUGUUCUGUCUUGUUUUUAAGUAUUUGUUUCGUUUUCCCCACCAAACUGGCCAGUGAGUCCGUGCCCUCUGCUGGCCUGCCUGUGGUUGCCAUGGCUCAGGGCUUCGUAUGUGGUGGCUGUACAGUCACUAUAAUUAACUGACCUGGGCGGUGUGUGUAAGGAGAACAGCCUGGAAGGCAGGCACAGAUGGGACAGCUUUUGUUCUGAGUAGGACACAAAUUCAUGCCCUUAAUUGAAUUUGGGUUCGGUUACUUGUGGAAUCCAGCCAAUGUCAAGUUCUAACCCACGACAGGGUCUUUUUUGGAGUAGCAUGACCUCAGGGGAAAUCUGGCUGCUUCGUCAUGCCUACACUCCUUCCCUCCUGCAUCCAGACGAACUGUUCCAAGUAACAGGAGCUGUUCCAGGCAGGGCCAGGCGAGCUCUGCCUUCUUUGGAGAGUAAUCCAGUGACCCUGAACGUCUGUUGGCCUCCUACCCACCAACCCCUGCAGUCUCCCGUCAACAUCCCCCUCCUUCCAUCCGCCUUGCCUUCUGCAACCAGAGCCUCAGCCCUCCCUCUCGCCUGGAAGCCUUGCCCCCGCCCCCCUGCGCAGGGCCCCAGCUCGUCUAGCUCUGGGCUCUUCCCUUGUCACAGCUCCCUCCGCCCAGAGGAACACACUCUCUGGGGAAGUUUCCUCCUGUUUCUUCCUCACCCACUCUGGGUCCCUGCUGGCAGAAAUGGACCAUCCAACACCCAAGGUUCUCCCAGCCAGACCCCGCGGCCCCUCCCUAGGAAUGUGGGCUUUGGAGGCCGGCAGGGUGAGGUUCUCAGUGCCACCAUCCAUCAGCAGGAACCGGGCCAUGGUGAACGAACCCAGAGGGGAUGGCGGCCCCCCUCCCCGUUCGGAGGGCAGCAGCAGUGGCAGCGAGAGCUCCAAGGAGAGUUCGAGAUGUUCCACACCCGGGCUGGACCCUGAGCGCCACGACAGACUCAGGGAGAAGAUGAGGCGGAGGAUGGACUCUGGUGACAAGUGGUUCUCCCUAGAAUUCUUCCCUCCUCGGACGGCUGAGGGAGCUGUCAAUCUCAUCUCAAGGUUUGAUCGGAUGGGGGCAGGUGGCCCCCUCUUCAUAGAUGUGACCUGGCACCCAGCAGGGGACCCCGGCUCAGACAAGGAGACCUCCUCCAUGAUGAUCGCCAGCACCGCCGUGAACUACUGCGGCCUGGAGACCAUCCUGCACAUGACCUGCUGCUGUCAGAGCCGGGAGCAGAUCACAGGCUACCUGCACAAGGCCAGGCGGCUGGGCCUGAAGAACAUCUUGGCGUUGAGGGGAGACCCCGUGGGUGACCAGUGGGAAGAGGAGGAGGGAGGCUUCAGCUAUGCCGCAGACUUGGUGAGGCACAUCCGAAGCGAGUUCGGUGACUACUUUGACAUCUGUGUGGCAGGUUACCCCAAAGGCCACCCCGACGCAGGGAGCUUUGAGGCCGACCUGAAGUACUUGAAGGAGAAGGUAUCUGCAGGAGCCGACUUCAUCAUCACCCAGCUUUUCUUUGAGGCUGACACAUUCUUCCAGUUUGUUAAGGCUUGCAGCGAGAUAGGCAUUACCUGCCCCAUCCUCCCCGGAAUCUUUCCUAUUCAGGGCUACCACUCCCUUCGGCAGCUUGUGAAACUGUCCAAGCUGGAGGUACCACAGCAAAUCAAGGAUGUGAUUGAGCCAAUCAAAGACAAUGAUGCUGCCAUCCGCAACUAUGGCAUUGAGCAGGCUGUGAGCUUGUGCCAGCAGCUUUUGACCAGUGGCUUGGUGCCAGGCCUCCAUUUCUACACCCUCAACCGUGAGAUGGCCACUACAGAGGUGCUGAAGCGUCUCGGCAUGUGGAUCGAGGACCCCAGGCGUCCCCUGCCCUGGGCUGUCAGUGCCCACCCCAAGCGCCGGGAGGAAGAUGUACGUCCUAUCUUCUGGGCCUCCAGACCAAAGAGUUACAUCUACCGCACGCAGGAGUGGGAUGAAUUCCCCAAUGGCCGCUGGGGCAAUUCCUCCUCUCCAGCCUUCGGGGAGCUGAAGGACUACUACCUCUUCUACCUGAAGAGUAAGUCCCCGCGGGAAGAGCUGCUGAAGAUGUGGGGGGAGGAGCUGACCAGUGAAGAAAGUGUCUUUGAAGUCUUUGCCCACUACCUCUCGGGAGAGCCCAACCAGCAAGGCUACAAGGUGACUUGCCUGCCCUGGAAUGACGAGCCCUUGGCGGCCGAGACCAGCCUGAUGAAGGAGGAGCUGCUGCGAGUGAACCGGCAGGGCAUCCUCACCAUCAACUCCCAGCCCAACAUCAAUGGGAAGCCAUCCUCUGACCCCAUUGUGGGCUGGGGCCCCAGUGGCGGCUAUGUCUUCCAGAAGGCCUACUUGGAGUUCUUCACUUCCCGCGAGACGGUGGGGGCGCUUUUGCAGGUGCUGAAGAAGUACGAGCUCCGGGUUAAUUACCACAUCGUGGACGUCAAGGGUGAAAACAUCACCAAUGCCCCUGAGCUGCAGCCCAACGCAGUCACCUGGGGCAUCUUCCCUGGGCGAGAGAUCGUCCAGCCUACCGUGGUCGAUCCAGUCAGCUUCAUGUUCUGGAAGGACGAAGCCUUCGCGCUGUGGAUCGAGCAGUGGGGCAAGCUGUAUGAGGAGGAGUCGCCGUCCCGCAUGAUCAUUCAGUACAUCCACGACAACUACUUCCUGGUCAACCUGGUGGACAAUGAGUUUCCGCUGGACAACUGCCUGUGGCAGGUGGUCGAGGACACAUUUGAACUUCUCAACCGGCCCGCGCCAGAGCGAGAGACCGAGGCUCUGUGAUCCUGCACCCUCCUGUCCUUAGCUUGUGGCCACAGGCGUCCUGUCUUCCUCCUCCCCAGUCCUGGUUCUCCUGGGGACCCCUCUCCUCCAUUUCAUCCCGAGCCCCGGCCUCCACUCCUCACGUGAUGAUGGCAGCUAGACUGGUGUGAGGCUUGCGGGCUCUGGCUGGACCGGAGUCAGCCCCCCGGGGGAGCCUGGUGUCUGGUGCUAAGCCUGGACUCUGCUCUUGACGGGGAGCACCUCCCUCCUGCAGAGAUAGCGGUGGGUGGAACAAACAUCCUCCCUGAGAAGGAGAGGGGGCCGUUGUUGCUGACUGAGCCCUUGAACCAGGGCAGCCCCUGAGAGCUGGCCUGGGGGCUGCCAGUGACCUUGCACUUGGGACCUGCGGGGACAGCAAAGUGAACCGGGGUGGCAGGCACUUGUGCUCCCGAAGAGACUGGCAGACCUCAUCUCUGAGGUGGUGACUGCUGGCACAUCCUACUUGUGGCUGGAGGGGCAGACCCCUGCCCUGCCCACCUGCUUGGCAGGCCGCCCACCAGGCCUCUGGACAGGCCUUGGCCUGAAACCUGGUGAUGUAAGCAUUUCUUGCCCCCGUCUGCCUGAGGGCCAGCCGGGCUUUCCCCUUCCUACUGUGCUGCUUUUCGAAAGAACUAUUUCUGUAUUCUGGUGGUUUAGGAGGGAAGGUGCCUCGUAGAGGUUAAAGGCAUCUGAACCCUUAUACUUGGUGGAGCCCUUGGCCGGCCCUUUUUCCCUCCUGGCCAUGGAGGGAUACCCUGCCUGUUACUGUCAAGGGCAAAGAUAAGCUCAACCGAGUAGGA